AUGCUAACUGAGGAAGAGAUAGAUGCGGAGAUACAGAGACUCUAGGAGAAGGAGCAAGAACUGAUGAAUGGAAACUCGAGACUAGGCAACUAGAUGAAUGAUCUCAGAGAGUUGAUGAAGCGAGUGGACAACAGAUAUGAUAAUGAUGCUAGAUAGCUAAUUAACAGGAAUAAAGACCUGGAACAGGAAAUUUAAAGUCUGGAGUAAGCCCUCAAGAUUUCAGAAAAGCAUGGCCAUCAUAUGGAUAGUGUAGCAUAGUUCUUUAAUGACAAUGAAGAUGAUGAGAAAAAGUGA